CAAACGCCAAUCUAUCAAAAUACGCCCCAGCGAUUGCGAGUUGCAAAUCUCUCCAUCCAUCCUGGAAAACACACAUAUGGACCGACAACGAAGCUCACGAAUUCAUGAAAUCCCACUACCCAGAGAUAUACCCACAUUACAUCCACUACGGCCAAAACAUCCAACGCGCCAACGUCCUCCGCUACGCUCUCCUCCACCAUUUCGGAGGCGUCUAUCUCGACCUUGACAUCACAUGUCGCGUAGCACUAGACGCGCCCCUCGAGAAGGAAACCGGCGUCCCAACUCUCACCCAUUUACCUUUCCUCACUCCCGCCGCAUACCCGGCCGGCGUGAACAACGCUUUCAUCCUCUCUCGCCCGCACCACCCAUUUCUCACGGACUUGCUCCGCAAUCUUCCCAGUCGAGAUCUUUCCUGGCCGUUACCAUACGUCGAGAACAUGUUAAGCACGGGUUGUGGAUUUUUCGGGAAUGUUUGGAUGGGGUUUGUUUUGAGGCGGGAGGAGAAGAAGAAGAAGAAGGAGAAUAGGGUUUAUGUUCUUGCGGAUCGAGAUGGGGGGAUGGAGGGACAUAUGUUGAGGGGAAGAGUUGUGACGAAGAUUUUUGGGCAUGGAGGGGCGAGUUCUUGGCAUGGGUGGGAUGCGGAUGUUUUGGUGUUUGUUGGGAGGCAUUAUCAUGGGGUUUUUGGGAUGGGGGUGGUCUGUGCGGGGGUUUUGGUCGGGGAGGAACCAUCGAAACGGAGAAGGGCGAGUUGGUCUAGCUUGAUAUCGAGAUUUGGGUUGGAGAGAAGGAGUCUUGAAAAGCGUGGUGCUCAUGAGGAUGAUGCAGAGCAAGGGAUUUAUGAUGAGAGAGGAAUGGAUUUUCGACUUUCAAGUCAUGCAUAG